AUGUCAUUGCAGGAGGCAGUUCAGCAUGCACCCCAGGGGUCUGCAGAUCAACAACCACAGGUGAGCGUGAAUGAUGUGACUCAGCUUGCAGCUCUCGUGCAGGCUGCUUCGAGUGCAGCUGCUAGUGCUGCCAGUGCUGUAGCGCGCAUGCAAGAGCAGAAUGAUCGCGGUGGUGAGCGUCAGUACUCAGGGUACACGGAUGCAUCAAAGGUCUUGAAAUAUCCUGAAGGCUUCGGUGGAGGUGAUUCUCACGAGGCCGACCUUGCUCGCUGGCAGGAGUUUUCGCAUGGAUUCAGGUCGUGGAUCUUGUAUGCUGAGCCAGCUUUUGAGAGUGAGCUGGAUAUGAUUGAGAAACAUCCCGAUGUUGUGAUCACAUUGAGUGAGAUGGCUCGCGCCACUGGUGUGCGUGCCCGCAGGCUCUAUGCGAUCAUGUCAGGUUUGCUGAGAGGCAGGCCACUAAUGAUGCUCCGAGCUGUAGAAGAGCAUAAUGGGUUUGAGCUUUGGCAUCAACUCAUUGGGGUUUACGCCCCCCGCACACGUGCUCGUUCCCUCGCGCUCUUGAGUGCGUACAUGGGCUAUCCAGGAUUCGUGAAGGAGCGCAGCAUCCGCGAGCAAGUGAACUCCUUGGAACGCAUCUCUGAGGAGUACCAGAAGGAUCAGGAUAGGCAGAUGGCCAUCCACCGAAGCGAGCGUGCGAUCCUGUUCAUUCACUCUUUGGUGGUGCCAUUGGUUGACAAGGGCUUGCAGCGUGACCUGGCCUGCCGCGGCUACGGUCGUCAGAGAGGCGGUAAGAAGCAGCGGCAACAUCCGCCCAGCUUCCACAACCUGAGAGGCUUGACCGGAUGA